AGCUGUGAGCACAUCAUUUCGCCGUGAAGCGAUCAGACCGAGGGAGAGAUCAGCCCAGACAUCAACACGCAAACACACCACGCUUGUGAAUUUUUGCAUGUCAGGAGCGGAGGAUCCUGUCGCCGGUCAACGGCCGUUUUCCAUCUUGUAUUCAUAACGCAUACAUCAGCGGCAUGUGGAAUUGUAUCAGGAUUAGGAAUUGGCUCCCAAUCGCGUGCCUGCUGUUAACGAUAUGGACGAAGGUGUCCCAGUCCUCUGGCUAUUUUGAGCUGCAGCUGAUUGCUGUAGAAAAUGUAAACGGGGAGUUGUGGGACGGGGAAUGUUGCGACGGCACGCGGAACUCUCAAGACCAGCGCUGCGUACGGGACGAGUGCGAUACUUACUUUAAAGUGUGUCUGAAGGAGUACCAGUCUGAAGUCACCACCACUGGGCCGUGCACCUUUGGCUCUGGAUCUACUGACGUUCUCGGUGGAAAUAUAUUUUCUUUUAAGACUGCAAAGAACAACCCCAGCAAAACGAGCGGUGUGGGAAAGAUCACCAUCCCCUUUCACUUCGCCUGGCCGCGAUCCUACACACUCAUCCUGGAAGCCUGGGACUGGGAUAACUCCACUCAGAACAUCGGCGAGGAGAAUUUGAUAGAGCGACACAUUCACGCCAGCAUGGUGAAUCCCGGAGACCACUGGCAGUCCAUCCUGCACCCCGGAAUCACGGCCCACAUUGAGUACCGCAUCCGGGUCAGAUGUGAUGAGAACUACUAUGGGAGUAAGUGCAACAAACAGUGCCGGCCAAGAGACGACUACUUUGGCCAUUACCACUGCGAUCCAUCAGGAAAUAUUGUAUGUCUAGACGGCUGGAUGGGAGAGGACUGCCGGACAGCAAUCUGCAAGCAGGGCUGUAAUCUGAUUCACGGCGGCUGUACGGUGCCUGGAGAAUGCAAGUGCAACUAUGGCUGGCAGGGCCAGUUCUGUGACGAGUGUCUGCCGUACCCUGGCUGCUUGCACGGGACCUGUGCCAUGCCCUGGCAGUGCACUUGCGAGAAGAACUGGGGCGGCCUCCUCUGCGAUAAAGAUCUGAACUACUGCGGCACGCACCAUCCCUGCGUCAACGGCGGGACCUGCAUGAACUCUGAACCGGAUGAAUAUAACUGUGCCUGUCCCGAAGGGUACUCGGGCAAGAACUGUGAAAUAGCUGAACAUGCAUGUGUUUCCAACCCCUGUGCGAACGGUGGCACGUGUCACGAAGUCCCGAGCGGGUUUGAGUGCCAGUGUCCACCAGGCUGGGAGGGACCCACUUGUGCUAAAGUCUGCCCCUCUCCUGCUACUCUACACUUCCCAUCUCCUUCUCUUCAAUCUCCCAAUCUACCAAUUGUCUACAAAAUCUCCCAACUCUUUCUUUCCCUCACUUUCACAGAUGCAAAUGAAUGUAUGGGGAAGCCUUGUGUAAAUGCUCACUCUUGCAAAAACAUGAUUGGUGGAUAUCACUGUGACUGCUUUCAAGGAUGGGCCGGACAGAACUGUGACAUCAAUCUCAAUGGCUGCCAUGGACAGUGCCAGAAUGGAGCAACAUGCAAGGAGCUGGUUCAUGGAGGUUACCACUGUCAGUGUCCUCCAGGUUUUGUGGGCUUGCACUGUGAAGUCUCAAGGAACAAAUGUGCCAGUGGUCCUUGUCAAAACGGCGGCCGCUGCCAUGUCAUUCUGGACAGCUUUGUUUGUGAAUGCCCGGCAAACUAUGCAGGGAUGCUCUGUGAGGUGGAGAGUCUGUCUCACCCCUGUAAACCGAACCCCUGUCAGAACAAGGCUUCAUGCUACAGCCUGCUGGGUGACUUCUACUGCGCCUGUCCUGAAGACUACGAGGGCAAGACCUGUGAAAACCGCAAGGACCACUGCAAGACAACCCCUUGCCAAGUGAUUGACAGCUGUACGAUUGCUGUGGCGAGUAACAGCUCAGAUGGGGGUGUGAGACACAUCAACUCUAAUGUGUGUGGUCCUCAUGGCCGCUGUAUCAGCCAGCCAGGCGGCAACUUCACCUGCACCUGUGAGCUGGGCUUUACAGGAACUUACUGUCACGAGAAUGUAAACGACUGCGUGGGCAAUCCGUGUCGAAACGGAGGCACCUGCAUCGACGGGAUCAGCUCUUUCCAGUGCUUCUGUCCGGACGGCUGGGAGGGUGACCUCUGCGACCUCAAUGUGAAUGAGUGCAGUCGGAGCCCCUGUAAGAAUGGCGGCCACUGUGUGGACCUGGUCAAUGACUUCUACUGUGAAUGUGCCAAUGGCUGGAAAGGAAAGACCUGUCAUUCACGUGAAAGUCAAUGUGAUGCCACCACAUGCAGUAAUGGAGGGACCUGCUAUGACCACGGAGACACUUUCCGCUGCGCCUGCCCUCCUGGAUGGGGAGGAAGUACAUGCAACACCGCAAAGAACAGCACUUGCGCGUCCAGCCCCUGCCUGAAUGGAGGAACAUGCGUGGGUGGUGGUGACACGUUCACCUGCAUCUGUAAAGACGGCUGGGAGGGGCCCACCUGCACUCAGAACAUCAACGACUGCAACCCUCACCCCUGCUAUAAUGGAGGAAUCUGCGUGGACGGGGUGAACUGGUUCCGCUGUGAAUGUGCCCCUGGAUUCGCUGGACCAGACUGUCGUAUCAACAUUGAUGAGUGCCAGUCGUCACCCUGCGCAUACGGUGCCACCUGUGUGGAUGAGAUCAAUGGCUUCCGAUGUGUCUGCCCACUCGGUCGCACCGGACCUCAAUGCCAAGAGUUCAUUGGCGUUGGGAAGACGUGUCACUAUGCUGGACUUCAGUUCCCGCAUGGCAGCCGCUGGGAGGAAGAAUGCAACACUUGUCAAUGUGUCAAUGGCAAAGUGGAGUGCACCAAGGUGGUCUGUGGCCGGCGGCCGUGUCUGUUGCCAGGGACGCUAGGGCGAGAGCUUCAAUCCUGUCCAGGAGGUCGUGAAUGCCUGGAGCACAACUUCCUGACGUGCCUCUCUCCCCCUUGCCACCAGUGGGGGUUUUGUUCAAGCCCUGAUGCCGCCCCAACCCUCCAAACAAAAUGUGAGCCCAACUCAGUCUACCUGGACAAGAGCUGUGCUCGCAUCACCCUUAUAUUCAACAGGGACAAAUUACCCACAGGAACGACUGUGGAGAACGUCUGCUCAGAGCUGAGGUAUAUGCCUGCCACGCGUAGCCUGGCGAAAGAUCACGCGCUGUUGGUUCUUUGUGACCUCUCCUACAAAAACCAAGAUGCAGUAGAGGUGGCCAUCUCAUUCCAGCAGGACGAGCAGCCUAACCACAGUCAGAUCCAGGAGGCAGCUAGUACCAUAGUCAGCACGCUGUCCAAGCGGCACAACAGCACCGUCAUGCUUGCCGUCAUCGAGGUCAAAGUGGAGAUGCCGGUCAUGUCCCAGCCAGUGGACUAUCUGGUGCCCGUGUUGUGCGUCAUCCUGUGCGUACUCUUGGUCUUCUGCGUCAUCGUCUGCGUGUGGUGGACCCGUAAGCGGCGAAAAGAGCGCGAGAGGCGAGAGCGCGUGCCCGUGGAAGAGAGCGUCAACAACCAGUGGGAACCACUGAGGCCUGUGACGCGGCCGCAGCACAAGGACAACCGGGACGCACAGUACGAGCGCACCAAGCUCAUGGGCUCCCCGGAUCGGACCUGCACAAGCGGGGAGGACGAGGAGGAGAUGGAGGAGGAAGAGCUGGAGCUGGUGGAAGAGGGGGGCAAGCAUCCCAUCCAAAAGUACUCUAAACCUGCAGAGCGGACCAAGAACGGGUUGAUCUGCACCAUGCGGAGCAGCGGCAGCAGCGGCUGCAGCAGCCCUUCCCUCAAAGCACCCUACUGGACAGGCUUCAGCCCAAAGGACAACAACUGUAAAAAUGUAAAUAACGCCACCACCGGCCAAGAGCACAAAGAACACUGCGUAUGAGCUCCGACGAGCAGGACAAGGAGACCAAGGCCAUCUCAGAAACAAAGACUGAGUUUUUCCCAUGUGUUAUUUUUAUUUUUGACUUCUUUUGAGGCUGAUAAAGUGGCAAAUUUCUUUCGUUCCUUUUUUUUAUGUACAGAGGAAGCAAAUUCUAUUUCUUUAUAAGGAGGCAGUGAGAAGCCUUGCUUUGUUUUCUGAGAAAAAAAAACUGCUGGAUUAGGAGCAGGACUAUGGAACUCGUGAGAGAAACCGUAUAAAGACUUUUACGUUGUUGUUUACAAAUGGUUGUGCUUUUGGUUUUGUUUCGAGUGGCCCAAUUUCGGUGCAGACCACGUGCGGGGGGUGGGGGACGCUGGCUUCGGGGGAUCCCCCUUCAACCGUUCAUCUGUUCUCCUUCCACGUCUGCCUUACGAGCUCGUCGUCCAUGAGGAGGGCUACAGUGCCUAUAAAGUGGCCUUGUUUUUUCUGUCCUUUCUGUCAUCUUGGCUGAACACUCUUUAUAAAACGUAUUGCAGUAUUUUGAGUCGGUCGCAAGUGCCUUCGGACAAGCCCCUCGGUUUCAGGGUCUCCUGACCCGAUAGAUCACGACAAAGAGGAGAGGCUGGUCUUAAGAGCAGCUCCCAUAUUACCAUCAAGGUAUUCAACAAAGACAAGAGAUCUGUAAAUAUGUGUAUAUAAUAAAGGAGUCGCUGUGUAUAUUUGAAUUUAGUAACUUAAGUCACUUUUUUUUUUUUAUUAUUAUAAUUAUGAUUUAAAUAUUAUGAUUAUUGUUUUUUUCUUUGUUUUUUUUAACACCAUUCCUUUUAUUUAUGCCAGUUGAUAUGGCAGAUUUUGUAAGAUGUAUACAGCGUCCCACAGUCAGAACAAAAAUAUAAUCAGAGAUUGUUGGUUUUGUUUUCACUAGACACCUAUACGAUCGUGUGCUGUAUUGUGGCGUGUGUGUUCUUCUCCUUAAAAACCCCUAUUCCCUUUCCACAUCUGUCCUUUCUUGCUGAUCAUAAAACCAUGCUGCUUGUUUUUUGUAAAGAUGCUAUGUCAUGUCAAAAUGAUGUUUUCUCCUUUUUUUUUGUUUGGUUGGAUCGAAACUUCAUGAAGGGAACAAUUAUGUUGUAAAGCAUUUGUACUCGAGGUACCAGCUCAAAGAAAUGGAUUACCUCAGAAACGGCUGGCUAUGAUUUGAUUUCUUUCAUCAUGAUGUUAAAGAUUUUGUUUUUUGCUUAUGGGAAGAUGAAAAACGUUUAAAACUGUUCCUGAACAACUGGUUCACAAUCAAAUUCAAGUAAACAAUUAUAAAUAAGCAAGUUAAGCUCAAUGUCCGUUAUGGAAGGGAAACGGGGUGGAGCUGGAGGAGAGUUUUUUUUGUUUUGCUUUGUUUUUUAAGCUGUAUUUUUAUUUUUAUUUUGUACAGAAUAAUUGCUCUGAAAAGAAGUUAUUUGGUUCAUUUAGUGGAAUUUAUGUUUGUUCUUAGAAAUAAAUCAAACUAUUUAUUAAAGCAUUUUAUAACAAUGUG